ACACGCGCGCGCGCGCACCUCCCGCCUGCAUCUCGUGCUCCUUCCCUGGCAGACACACAGGCGCUCACGAGUCUCUCCUCGCCGGAUCCGCAGGGCUGCGACCACUUCAACCUGAGCCCCAGCACCUGCCCUUGGCUAGCAGCUGCUCCUCUGCAAAGAGCUCCUUUGCGGCCUUCACCUCCUCUGCUACCUGGCCCGACUGUUAGGCGUCCGCAGCUCCUGCCCAGACGUGGAAGAGGCAAAGAGGCGCCUGGGCCAGACGCACUAACGGCACUUACAAAAUAUUGAACCUAGAGAUCCAGGAGCCUCACAACUUUAUCACUUUUAAUCAAAGAUUUCUUUAAUAUUCUCCUUGGUGUUUAUGUAUUACCUAGUCACAGUUUAAAAAAUUAAUUACCUUAUUUGCACUAAGGAGGUUAAAAAAAAAUAUUAUCCAGACUUUCAAAUGCCUAAGAAUAGCAAGGUGGUGAAAAGAGAACUAGAUGAUGAAGUUAUUGAAUCGGUCAAAGAUCUUCUUUCUCAUGAAGACUCAGCUGAUGAAGCUUUUAAGAAGAGUGAACUAAUUGUUGAUGUUCAAGAUGAUAAAGAUGUUGAUGUUGAAGAAGGAUCUGAAGUUGAAGAUGAAAGACCAGCUUGGAACAGUAAACUACAAUACAUACUGGCCCAAGUUGGAUUUUCUGUAGGUUUAGGGAAUGUUUGGCGAUUCCCAUACCUAUGUCAGAAGAAUGGAGGUGGUGCCUAUCUUUUGCCAUAUUUAAUACUGCUUCUGGUGAUAGGCAUUCCCCUUUUUUUUCUGGAACUUUCUGUGGGUCAAAGAAUUCGGCGAGGCAGCAUUGGUGUAUGGAAUUACAUAAGCCCUAAACUGGGUGGUAUUGGAUUUGCAAGUUGUGUGGUGUGCUUUUUUGUGGCUCUCUACUACAAUGUGAUCAUUGGCUGGAGUUUUUUCUAUUUUUCUCAAUCUUUUCAGCAACCUCUACCAUGGGAUCAGUGUCCAUUGGUGAAAAAUGCUUCACAUACAUUUGUGGAGCCUGAAUGUGAAAGAAGCUCAGCCACCACCUACUAUUGGUACAGAGAAGCACUGAAUAUUUCCAGUUCCAUCUCUGAAAGCGGAGGCUUAAACUGGAAGAUGACCAUCUGCCUGUUAGCUGCCUGGCUUGUGGUCUGCUUGGCUAUGAUUAAAGGCAUCCAGUCUUCUGGAAAAAUCAUGUAUUUUAGUUCUCUUUUCCCAUAUGUAGUACUUAUAUGCUUCCUAGUCAGAACACUCCUUUUGAAUGGCUCAAUUGAUGGCAUCCGCCACAUGUUUACCCCCAAACUUGAAAUAAUGCUGGAGCCCAAGGUCUGGAAAGAAGCUGCUACUCAGGUGUUCUUUGCAUUAGGUCUGGGAUUUGGUGGCGUAAUUGCCUUUUCAAGCUACAACAAGAGAGACAACAACUGCCACUUUGAUGCUGUCUUGGUGUCCUUCAUCAAUUUUUUCACUUCUGUCCUGGCAACAUUGGUGGUGUUUGCAGUUCUGGGCUUCAAAGCCAAUGUCAUAAAUGAGAAAUGCAUUGCACAAAACUCAGAGAUGAUUGUGAGCCUUUUGAAAAUGGGAAGCAUUAGUCAGGACAUUAUUCCUCAUCAUAUCAACUUUUCAGUUAUUACUGCAGAAGAUUACCACUUAGUUUAUGAUAUCAUUCAAAAAGUGGAAGAAGAGGAGUUUCCUGCUCUUCAUAUCAACUCCUGUCACAUUGAAGAUGAGCUAAAUAAAGCAGUUCAGGGGACUGGUUUAGCUUUUAUUGCCUUUACAGAAGCGAUGACACACUUCCCAGCGUCUCCUUUCUGGUCAGUGAUGUUCUUUCUCAUGCUGAUUAAUCUGGGGCUUGGCAGCAUGUUUGGAACCAUCGAAGGGAUCAUCACACCUGUAGUAGACACUUUCAAAGUGAGAAAAGAAAUCUUGACUGUUAUUUGCUGUCUUCUGGCAUUCAGUAUUGGCCUGAUAUUUGUUCAGCGCUCUGGGAAUUACUUUGUUAUGAUGUUUGAUGAUUAUUCUGCUACUCUGCCUCUUCUAAUUGUAGUAAUUUUGGAGAAUAUUGCUGUAUCCUAUGUUUAUGGCAUAGACAAGUUUAUAGAAGACCUCAAGGACAUGCUGGGCUUUUCACCCAACAGAUAUUACUACUAUAUGUGGAAAUAUCUUUCUCCUUUAAUGUUAUUAUCAUUGCUAGUAGCUAGUGUUGUGAAUAUGGGAUUAAGUCCACCUGGCUAUAAUGCAUGGAUUGAAGAUAAGGCAUCUGAAGAAUUUCUGAACUAUCCAACAUGGGGAUUAGUUGUCUGUAUCUUGCUAAUCAUCCUGGCCAUACUCCCUGUCCCAGUGGUCUUCAUUAUUCGUCGCUGCAACCUCAUAGAUGAUAGUUCUGGUAACUUAGCCUCCGUGACCUAUAAGAGAGGAAGGGUCCUGAAAGAGCCUGUUAACUUAGAAGGAGAUGAUGCAAGCCUUAUUCAUGGAAAGAUUCCAAGUGAGAUGUCCUCUCCAAAUUUUGGGAAAAAUAUUUAUCGAAAACAGAGUGGAUCACCAACUCCAGAUACUGCUCCCAAUGGACGGUAUGGGAUAGGGUACUUGAUGGCAGAUAUGCCAGAUAUGCCUGACAUGCCAGAAUCUGACUUGUAGCUGGAGAAAGAUAGCAGCAAGUUUUCUUUGGUUCAUUUUUAUCACUGAACAUUGGCUCUAUUAAGAGAAGCAUUAGGCUUCACUUAUCAGAGGGCGAUCUCAGGUGUUCCAUGGCUGUGAUCUUUAAUCCUAACAGUGUAUGUACAUUCAACUAGAGCAUUCCUUCAGAUUCUUUGGUUUACAUUUCAGCUGAAAGGAUUACAAACAGCUUACAAUUACUGAGGUCCAUGUUUGUCAAGAUUUUUUAAAGUUCUUUCAGUGUAUUUUCAACUAUUUCUAUCUCUUCAAAAAACACAACAAAACAGGUAUUACCUCAGUUUCUAAUAAUUUCUAGAUUUAAUAUUUAGUAUUGGCAGUUAAAAAAUGGUAUACCUUAAAGUUUAUAAGCUUACCUUCAGGUUAACCCCCAGUAUUACACGGAUCAGUUCUGUAAGUUCAUGCCUCUCAGCACAUUUUCAUGAAUAUAUUGUGUAGAUAGGCUCUACUUACUUUGUGAGCAUUGAUACCUUCUUAGGCAAUUAGUGAAGAAAUUUGCAAAAUAUUUUCUUAUGUUAUAGCUGUGUGGAGCAAUAGUAUCAAAGAACAAGAGGCACUAAUGCUGGGAAGAGAAGUUCGAUUCAGAGGUGACUGGGGAUCAUGUGAGUGGUAGCAGUGUAUUUUGUGUAAAAUAUAUGUGUGAAAGUAAUCUAAGAGUAAGUUACUCAGCACUCUCAAGAAUUAUGCAGAUUUUGCAUUUUUCAAUGCCAUGUGCCUAAAAACCUACUUGAUAUUCAUUGUGGUUCUGAGAUUACUUAGAGUAUAUUUAUAUAAUAUACUUACAAUGUACAUAGAUGUAUAUUAGUACUCUUAAGUACUGACUUGAAAACUUGAAGCAAGAUAGCAUUUUAUUUCAUAUCUUUCUGUUUUGCUUCUGUUUUAUGCAAACCUAAAUCCUUUUUUUAAGUGAUUGUUAAAAUUGUAUGGCAUUACAUUUUACUCUCUGAAUAAACAAGGUUUAAAA